UAUAAUACAGAGCGUGCGUAAAAUGAAGUUAGAAAUAUCAUCGUAAGUGGCGCUGGUAUAUUUAUUAUUCCGUAAUGGCGGUUACGAUUUAUCGUGUAUUUUGUAAUAAGUUUACUUAAAAGAAGUUUAUCGAAUAUUUUUUCUUGUUAUUCAUCGAGUUUUCUGUAUGAACGUAAUCAGCGGUAGUGAUGUCAUCGUAUACAUUUUCACAAAAAGUGUUUACACCUAUACCUCCAGAAAAGGGUAGUUUUCCACUCGACCAUGAGGGUGUUUGCAAAAGGCUUAUGAUCAAGUAUAUGCGCUGUUUGAUUGAGAAUAAUAACGAAAACACGAUGUGUCGUGAUAUUAUAAAAGAAUACCUUUCUUGUCGAAUGGAUAAUGAGCUUAUGGCACGAGAAGAAUGGUCUAGUCUUGGUUUUUCUGACGAGGUCAAGGAGACAUAACAGCAGGGAUUUAUUACUAAUCGAUUGUCGCAAAGUUAUAGAUCACUGUUUUUAUCACUUGAAUGGUAUUUAUAAACUUUUUUGCUGGUGAUUCUUGUUUCAUCUUGGAUAAAACUUGGAUUUUAGAGUGAAUUUGUAAAUUUGUGCGACAUAUAACUUAUGUACGUAUUUUAAACUAUAAAUGCAUUUAUU